CUGGGGCCCCAGGAGGAUGCAUGUAAGGACUUGUGCCCAGAGGAGGCUGUUAAUCUGAGCAAGGGCAGGGGGAUUACCGAGAGGAUGGGAUGGAUUUAGCCAGUGACGCUUGCAGCAGCAGCCGCUCCAGCUCACGGUCCAACUCCAGCAAAGUGACCCCGUGCUCCGAGUGCAAAUCCUCCUCUUCGCCCUCCUCUUCCUCCUCCCCCGGUAGCCUGGACUUGGUGGCUGCCCUGGAGGACUAUGAGGAGGAAGAGAGUUUCCAGGUCUAUCAGAAGAAGGUGAUUGAUGAGUGGGAAGAAGAAGAGGACGAAGAGGAAGAGGAGGAGGAAGAAGAGGAGGACAACGAAGAUCAAGGGUACAGGGACUACGGACACAGCGCCGGGCACGACCGCUAUGAAAAGCCGGCCAACCGGAGGAGUUACGCGAAGGAGCUGGGGGGUGUGAAGCCCCCCACCUCCAUCAGGAGCACCGUCAGCAACCCCCCCACCGGCGGCGGCGGCGGCGGCACCGGCACUGGCGCCCGGAGCACCGUCAUGCCGCCCCCAGUCCCCAAUGGCAACCUCCACCCCCCUCCGGACCUCAGGCACAACGGCAACGUGGUGGUGGCCGAUCGGCCACUGACAGGACACCGGGGAGGCCACCCCAACCCCCUGCAGAAAGGCCGGCCUGCCGGGGGGAAGCUAGGCGGCCCGGGCCCCGGGUCCGCGGGGCUCCUCCCGCUUCACCCCUUGGAUAGUGGGACUUGUCUCAAGGAGGAGCCCCAGCUCCCCACUAUGGACUGGGAGGCUUUGGAAAGGCAUCUCGCCGGCUUACAAUUUCAGGAACAGGAGGGGCGCAACCAGAGCCAAGGGAAACCAAACUCCACCUCGACGACAGCGGUGCUACCCGGUGGGGUGAGUCACCGGGGCGAUGCUUGGCACCCAGACCCGGCGGCUCAAGGGAAGACUUCAGGCGGUUGCAGUUGCCGCCGCCGGAGUCCCUGA